AUGUUCAAAAGCAUACGAUCGCGGUUGAGAGGGCGUAAAUCACGAUCAGACGUAACGGCGGAAGUUACGGACGAGCACAGUGUCGUGGACGCGAUGUAUGCGACGACAAUGGACGCGGCGGUGGCGUCGCCGGCGGUUACGCGGCUCGAGCGUCCGGCGUCGACGCGAGACGCGCACGGAUUCGACGAGGAAGAACUACGAUUAGCGCUCGAGGCGAGCGUGAAGGAGACGUCGGGAGAUCUUCUGGCUGUGGAGUUGGAGUACGAGGGUCGGAGCGUGAACGGGGCUGGGACGCGGACGCGCGGGAGGGCGCUGGCGAGCAAAUUUUGGAUUCAACAAGCCUUGGACGCCGACGACGCUUUGGACGCGAGCGCGGAUGGGUUUUACGACGUUCGCGGCGAAGCUUUCGAGGAUUUGGUAGACGGUAAACUCCCUGAACUCGCGCAACUUCUUAACGAUCCCGUCAUCGCGGACGAGGAGGCGUUGGUGGUGGACAGGCGAACGGAUGUAUUUCUCGCCGCGCUUGACGACUUGGCGAGAGAGACGUGCGAAGCGGCGCCGAAUACGCGCGCAAAGUGCGCCUUGCUCGCGCGACUUGUAAGUGAUCGCUUAGGCGGGUCGGUUAAGACGGUGGACGAUGCCGAGCUCGCGCGAUCGGUGGCGAUGGAUCGAGAGGAUUUGCUCGCCAACGGCAGAGGAUGCGUCUUUCACAUCGGGCACUUGACCAAGGGAAAUGAGCGCCAUCGUGCGAUUCUCUUUAAAGCGCUCGCGUCGGUGGUGGACAUUCCGUGUAGACUUGUGCGCGGAGAAUACUACUGCGACGGCCGAGACACAGCGCGGGUGAUAUGGGCUGGGGAAGGUGAGGGCGAGAUGUGGGUCGACUUGUGCGUCGUCCCUGGAGCGUUGAGGAGCUGUUCCGAGUCAGCGGGCGUGGAAGACAUUCCACCCACGCCCCCGCGGUACAUCGAGGAGACCGACAAGCACUGGGAGUAUUCUCACGCGUCAUAUCGUAUGGAUAAGGGGAAAUCGCCGCUGAUCUCGGGAAAGUCUACUUCACAGCCUCCAAACGACCACUCCGAAUCGUCAAUCGACGAUUUGGUUGCGUUCGCCAACGGUUCUCGCACGCAAAAUUCCACGACGUCGACGUCGCCUAAGGAGGCGGAUGUGGAUGAUUUGACCGAUUUGUAUGAUGCGAUAGCCGUUGCACACGGCGUUAGUUUGAAAUCCGUCGCAAGCGCGUUCAAACUGACAGAGGACGACAUGGAGCGUGCAAAUUUGUUGUGCAAUUCGUUGGGCGCUGUGUUGGAGGAAGAGGCGUGUUUGAGCGAGGAACAACGAGGAGUGGAGUACACUGAACCGGUGCUUCUCCAGGAGAUGUUUAACUUGCUAGUCACUUCGAAGUGGAUCGUCGCUGAUGCCGUCAGGGCGUUCAACACGCGACGCCGUGCGCAGCUCGCUGAUGCCGCCGCCAAACUCGCGGAAAUCGCCGAGCUGAAAGAGGCCAAACGUAUCGAGACCGAACGCAUCGAGGCGGAGGAGCGCUCGAGGCGUCGACGUGAGGAAAAAGAGAGAGCUGCCGAUGACUUGAUUCGAGCCGCGGAGGAGCGCGUCGAGCAGUUCCGCGAAGAACGCGUAAAGUUGUGCGAGGAUAGCGAGAGGGCGGCGCAACUCAGGCACGACUUUCGUGCAGAGUGGACCGCGAAGGUUGCGAGUAUGAAUCUCGCUGAAACGUUAGAAUGCUUCGGCGUCGUCGUUGAGGGAGGUUCACAUGCGAACGCCAAACAGCUGCGCACUGCUUACAGGAGGGCGCUACUGCAGUUUCACCCCGAUCGACAGCGCUCAAAAGAUUUAGUCGCUCGCGUCGAAGCCGAGGAGCGGUUUAAGAUUCUCUCCGACAAAAUGGAAAGUCAAUAG